UGACAGGGGUGGCUUUCUUCCGAUUUCCUUGUUUGUUAUAUAGCUGACACAUUUCACCUGUAUAUCACUAUCGAUAGAGACAUCGACCUGUGAAGAUGGCAGCACGAGGAGUACUUAUUUUUCUAGUUUUAUAUUUCACACUCAACCUCAUCCAGGCUAAAGAUAAGAAAACUAAACCCAACGUUAUUGUGAUUCUGUCAGACGAUCAUGGCUACAGAGACGUCGGCUAUCAUGGAUCGCUUUUUGACACACCGGUGCUUGAUCAAUUGGCGGGCGAAGGGGUAAAGUUGGAAAACUACUACGUACAACCAGUCUGUUCACCAACUAGAUCCCAGUUAAUGACCGGUAGAUAUCAGACUCGUUAUGGAUUGCAACAUGCUGUUCUUGAUCCAUUGGCACCAGCUUGCCUACCGACUGAUGAGAUGACACUAGCUCAGAAGAUGAAAGAAGCUGGUUACUCAACUCAUAUGAUUGGUAAAUGGCAUCUGGGCUUUUUCGAAGAGGCGUGUCUACCUACCAAUAGAGGAUUCGAUACCUUUUUAGGUCUGUUACUUGGUGGGGGGUUCCACUUUAGCCAUUCUUUCCCAUCUGCUGCUUACUACGACAUGCAUCGUAACCGCUCACCAGCAAAGGAGUUGAAUGGUACUUAUUCUACACACGUGUUCACUAACGAAGCAAUCGACAUCAUAAAUAACCAAGAUGAAGACACGCCUUUCUUCAUGUACCUAUCCUACCAAGCACCCCACGCUCCUCUUGAGGUGCCCGAGGAAUACAAGGACCCAUACCGCGGUAUAUUUCAAGAUGAGGACAGACUUACCUACGCUGCUAUGGUAUCAUGCUUGGACGAGGGUAUCGGGCAAGUUGUACAAGCGUUGAAAAAUAAGGGGACAUAUGACAACACUGUCAUAAUCUUCUCUAGUGAUAAUGGUGGCAGUAUACAAGAUGCCGGAAACAAUUGGCCAUUGCGAGGAUUCAAGUUGUCUAUGUUCGAGGGUGGUAUGCGAGCGCUCGGAUUUGUUCACAGUCCAAUCCUCUCUGAAAAAGUCAAAGGAACUGUGAGCAAUGAACUAUAUCACAUCAGUGAUUGGUACCCAACAAUCAUCGAAGGUAUCGCUAGAUCAAGCACACGUGGAUCGAAAUCACCUCUAGAUGGAAAGAACCAGUGGAGAUCUAUAAGAGAUGGAACUUGCUCUCAACGACAUGAGAUUCUGCACAACAUUGACCCUCUUUGGGUUGUGCCUGGUGGUAGGGAUUGGGUUAAUGCCAUGAGUCCUUUUAACGUAUCUAUUAAUGCUGCGAUAAGGUUUGGAGACUGGAAACUUGUCACCGGAGACAAUGGACGAACAGGAUGGUAUGCACCCCCUGAUACAAAUAUUGUAUCAAUCAGCGGCCCACCAACAACCGACCAAAGGGCGUGGUUAUUUAACAUCAAGGAUGAUCCACUAGAAAUGAAUGAUCUUUCUGAAGAACGCCCUCGUGUUCUUAAGUUCUUGUUACAGAGAAUUCAAAAGUACUACGAGCAAUCGACACCUGUAUUUUACCCCGAUGCUCAGCCACAACUAGCUGACCCAUGUUCAAAUGGUAAUGAAUGUGUUUGGGGACCAUGGACACCUAUGUAAUUUCUAAGAUUUAACUGAAACUGAGGCUCAAAUAUGUUGAUAACAAUUCAGUAUUUGUUACCAAAUCGAUGACACAAUAUAGCACUAAUAAAAUCCAAAAAUAUGACGAUACUUUUGAGAACGAUCAUGUCAGGCAAUGCCUGAAAACUUUUAGGCCUAGCCAUUGCUAGGCCUUACGUUACAUACAUGUUUCGACAGAUCCUAAAAAUUUAUACAGUAGUAUUUUUCAUUUGGGAAACAAUUUGCUUGUUUCUCCAUUUUUUGAUAGGCCCUAUCGCUGUGUUCACGGGCAUAUAGAGAUUAACAUGAUAAAAUGCCUUCAAAUUAGUGUACUAGGACGUAAGAAAGCAAAUUUUUCCCGGCCCUUCGGCCCCUGGACCCUGACCGGGGGCCCUGGGCGGCCCCUGGUCCCCAGCCUGGUUGCACACCCCCCAUUCAAAAAGAUACAAGUUUGCAUGCAUAUGCGUGAAUUCUCAAGGUGUUUUAAUAUGUGGGAGUUCCUAUCCAUUGCCAAGUGCUCGCGCACAUGUGUUGAGAAGUGUCGGCUAGUUUCUCCGACAUAGCUGCCAUUACAGCCAGCACACACAAAUUUAUAUACAACACGAGAGCGGAGACCGACAGGGAUAGGAUCCUUCACAGAAAACAAAUUUUUAAUUUUAAAUGAAGAAAAAGCCAACUUAAAAUCAAAAUCAUUACAUAAUUGCUUAGAAACCAAACGAAUUUUAUGCGAGGCAAUCUUAGAAAAGGGGUCGAUAUAUGGAAUUUUAAAAUGAAGGAUUCUUAAGUUCUUGUUACAGAGAAUUCAAAAUUACUACGAGCAAUCGAUAUUUUACCCCGAUGCUCAGCCACAACUAGUAUUUCAUUUGUAUAGCGCUUUGUAGGGUGAGAUUUAAAACAUUCUUCAUACCCAGGUUGUUGGAAGACAAUUAAAAAUCUGUCUACAAAUCGCUCCUCAAAAGUCAGUUAUUCAACAUCAAAUUAAAAAGUAAUAGCAUUGAACUGUUCGUGAAAUAAUAAUUUCUAUAUUUUCUAUUUUUAUAUACUGUCCCCGGCCUGAAUUAUUAUUUAUUGUUUGUAUCUUUCUGAAUGUGAAUUUUGAUGGUCGAAAUGAAAUAAAAUGAAAUGAGUGAAAUGGAA